CGCGCGUGUAUAAUCUGUAUAAAAGCUCUGCUACGCAUUAGUCGGCAUUCAUUCAACGAGUGGAAAUCAUCCCGACUAAACCACAAUGGCAGCUAAGUUCGUCGUAGUGCUCGCUUUGGUGGCCGUGGCCCACAGCUCCGUGGUGCCAGUGGUGCCAGUCGCGAAAGCAGACGACUACACAAGCUUCGCUUACGAUGUCGCCGACCCCAAUACAGGAGACUACAAGAGCCAGGUGGAGACCCGCGUCGGCGGAACGGUCAAGGGCCAGUACUCACUCCUUGAUGCUGAUGGCACCAAGCGCACUGUCGACUACGCUGCUGAUGACGUCAACGGUUUCAACGCUGUCGUCAGGAAAGACCCAGCUGUUGUGGCCGCUCCAGCCGUUGUAGCGACCGCUCCUGCCGUCGUAGCCUCCGCUCCUGCUGUCGUCUCCGCUGCCCGUACUGUUGUUGCUGCCGGUCCUACUGUUGUAGCUUCAGCUCCUGCCGUCGUCGCCUCCACUCCCGUGGUAGCCUCCGCCCCCGCUGUAGUAGCCGCACGUGCCUACGCUCCAUCCCUGUACGCUGGUGCCUUGUACUCCCAGAAGUACUACUCUCCCACCGUGUACGCGGCUGGUACACCUACCGUGGUGACCCGUAACUUGGCCGGCCCUGCCUACUACACCGCGUCUGCCCCUGUCUUCGCCCGCACUGUCGCCGCACCCACAUACGUUGCUCAAUCCCCCUACAGCUACGCUUACUCUUCCCCAGUUACCUACUGGUAAAUACCUCAUUGCUCAUAGUAUAAACGAUGUAUCCAAAUACUUGGCUUGUAAAUAGUUAAUUUUGUACAUAACAAGUGCGUGUGUAAUAAAAAAAACUGAUUUCCAAUUUGU